GCUGAAUCUAAAAAUAAAAGAGAGAAAAAGUGGGAAACCAAAGGGAGCUGGGUAUUAAAAUCCCAGGAAAACUGGAGAAAAGUUUGGAAGAGGCACUUGGGCAGCCCCAGGGUAAAGCACAAAAGCACUGGAGCACUCUGAACCAAGCCUAGGGCUUUGCCCUUUUUUAGCUCUGCCACCCUGUGACGCUGGAGAGCUCAGCCUGUGGGUUCAGGUAUUUCUGCUAACAGAAAGAACGUGGGACAGCCUUUUAGGAAGGCAAAUCAUCCCGACUGUCUCAGCCUCCUGCCUCUGCUCUCCCCAAGAACCGUUAGUCCAGGCUUGGGUUUGCACCAGGGUCCCGGCUCAGCUUUUGGAUUUCUUCUUCGGAUCGAACUCCUGCAGAUGGUGCCAGCAGGCUUGCUGGGGGCAGGAAGAGGCUUCAGGCUCUGACUGCAUCAAUGGAGCACAUUCAAGGAGCUUGGAAGACCCUCAGUAAUGGGUUUGGACUGAAGGAUUCUGUCUUUGAUGGCCCAAACUGUAUUUCACCUACUAUUGUCCAGCAGUUUGGUUAUCAGCGCCGGGCUUCUGAUGAUGGCAAAAUCUCAGAUACUUCCAAAACCAGCAAUACCAUUCGUGUCUUCUUGCCCAACAAGCAGCGCACCGUGGUGAACGUGCGUAAUGGGAUGACCUUGCACGACUGUCUCAUGAAGGCACUGAAAGUGAGGGGUCUGCAGCCAGAAUGCUGUGCAGUCUUUCGGCUCCUUGCUGAACCAAAAGGAAAAAAAGUGCGUUUGGAUUGGAAUACAGAUGCUGCCUCCUUGAUUGGAGAGGAACUGCAAGUGGACUUUCUUGAUCAUGUUCCACUCACUACACACAACUUUGCCCGGAAGACAUUUCUAAAGCUUGCUUUCUGUGACAUCUGCCAGAAGUUCUUGCUGAAUGGCUUUCGGUGUCAGACGUGUGGUUACAAGUUCCACGAACACUGCAGCACCAAAGUCCCAACCAUGUGUGUCGACUGGAGCAACAUCAGGCAACUCUUAUUGUUCCCAAAUUCAAAUAUCAGUGACAGUGGUGUCCCUGCACUACCUCCCUUGACAAUGAGACGGAUGCGGGAGUCUGUCUCCCGGAUACCUGUUAGUUCCCAGCACAGGUAUUCUACACCUCAUGCCUUCACCUUCAACACAUCAAAUCCUUCCUCUGAGGGCUCUCUCUCCCAAAGACAGCGUUCUACAUCCACACCAAAUGUCCACAUGGUUAGCACUACGAUGCCUGUAGACAGCCGGAUAAUUGAGAAUAACAGCCUGAAUGCUUCUCCCAGUUCCUGGUGCAGACGGUUUUGUUUGAGGGGAAGAGAUGCAAUUCGAAGCCAUAGUGAAUCAGCCUCACCUUCUGCUCUGUCUGGAAGUCCUAACAAUAUGAGCCCAACUGGCUGGUCUCAGCCCAAAACCCCAGUCCCAGCCCAAAGAGAGCGAGCCCCUGGAUCUAACACACAAGAAAAAACCAAAAUUAGGCCUCGUGGGCAGAGAGAUUCCAGUUAUUACUGGGAAAUAGAAGCAAGUGAAGUGAUGCUCUCUACCAGAAUAGGGUCAGGUUCUUUUGGAACAGUUUACAAAGGCAAAUGGCAUGGGGACGUAGCAGUGAAGAUACUAAAGGUUGUAGAUCCAACCCCAGAGCAGUUCCAGGCUUUCAGAAAUGAAGUGGCUGUAUUAAGGAAGACUCGGCACGUGAAUAUCCUGCUCUUCAUGGGCUACAUGACUAAAGACAACCUGGCCAUCGUCACGCAGUGGUGCGAGGGAAGCAGCCUCUACAAACACCUGCACGUGCAAGAGACCAAGUUCCAGAUGUUCCAGCUCAUCGAUAUUGCUCGGCAGACAGCACAGGGAAUGGACUAUUUACAUGCAAAGAAUAUCAUCCACAGAGACAUGAAAUCCAAUAAUAUAUUUCUUCAUGAAGGCCUCACAGUGAAAAUAGGAGACUUUGGUCUGGCCACUGUAAAGUCCAGGUGGAGUGGAUCUCAGCAGGUGGAGCAGCCUACUGGUUCAAUCCUGUGGAUGGCUCCAGAGGUGAUCCGGAUGCAGGACAGUAACCCAUUCAGCUUUCAGUCAGAUGUCUACUCCUAUGGAAUAGUGUUAUAUGAACUGAUGACAGGAGAGCUGCCCUACUCCCACAUAAACAACAGGGAUCAGAUUAUUUUCAUGGUUGGCCGAGGCUAUGCUUCUCCAGACCUCAGCAAGCUCUACAAGAACUGCCCCAAAGCGAUGAAGAGGCUGGUGGCAGACUGCUUGAAGAAAGUGAGGGAAGAACGACCUCUGUUUCCACAAAUCCUGUCCUCCAUCGAACUGCUGCAGCAUUCUUUGCCUAAAAUCAACCGGAGUGCUUCCGAGCCGUCCCUGCACCGCGCUGCCCACACAGAGGACAUCAACGCCUGCACGUUAACCUCCACCAGGCUGCCUGUCUUCUAGGCUCCUGCUCCCCUUCCCUCCUCCUCCUCAGGGAUGGGAAAGGAACAGAAGCUGUGCUUUUUAAUGCCUCCGUGUACAGGAUCAGUGCCAGCAGGAUUACCUGCGUCCCAGUUUGAAGAACGAGCUGCUAAGGGUUCCUGCAGUUCUUACCCUGCAGGGACACAGCUCCACAUGGCCUUUUUUCUACAGUUUCUUUGACUGGGAUGGUUCCCAGAUGAGAAAUCAAGAGAUCUAUAUUUUUUUUUAAUAGAUGCACUUGAGCCUUAUUUUUCCCAUCCACAGAAACCAUGGAUGUUCCUUUGGCAGUGUUUCUGGAUUGACUGGGAUCUGGUUUUCUUUCACAGCCAGGAUGGCUCACCUUGGUGCGUUGAGGAAAGGUGAUGCCUUGUGGUGCUCCUCAAGUGCCCUGUGCCACUCCAGGGUUGGGGGAGCUUGGCCUGACAUAGGUGGCUGCAAACUAGACUGAGGGGGGAAAAAGAAAAACAAACAAACAACAACAGAAAAAACUGUCUGGAAAUCAGCUCCUGCCUAAGAGCGUUCAUCAAGCCAAUGAAAUAAGUGAAAAAUGCUAAUUCAACACAAAAUAGUUUUGCAAUAGUUUUGCACAUAGGAGAAAAACUCUUGCAAAAGAAUGGAAAAAUACCUUCUGAAUCUUACUGCUCAGAGAAGGAAGCUAAAGCCAGGCUUGCUAUGGUCAUCUUCAGUAACUUCAGCAGCUUACUUUGGUACUAUGGACUUGUUCUUGCAGCCCGGCGAGUGCAGGAAGGGACAGGCUUUGGGGGCUGAGGAAAGGCUGAGUAGCAGCUGAGCAACAUCAUCCAAAACUCUUCUGCAGAAUGAGUCUUCAUCCCAUGGGAAGCUGUCAUCCCAGAGAUGCACUAUCAAGAGGAAACUGAGCAUAGACAGUUUUUCUUGCUGAUUUGGGGGUUUUAAUUUUGUUUUUAUUGCUCCUGAGAAAAUGCAUUUAUUGUAAGCCAAGGUUCCUCUGAUUAUCUUAUUUUAAUAAAAUAAAUUAAAUUGUAGGGCUCAAGACUCCA